AACGCCCCGUUUCGGAAAGCCAGUUUUCUGAUUUCAGCUGUUUAAAGUCUAGAACUUGGCUAAAUCUCGAGCUCGGAAACCGGCCCUUACAAUGACAGUUUUAAGCAAUUCUUGUAUCAAAUAUUGAAAUACAAUGUUGUAUUUCGUAAGUUAGUAUGUUGAGUACAACGUGAAUUAAAAGGGUGUUAUAUGACGAAUUUGCUAGUAAGUAGUUCACUAUGUCCAAUAUUGACAUUGUAGUAUGCAAAUUACAUACUCGUGAAAUACUGUACUGCUAAAACAAUAGUUCUGGGUCAAGGUUACAGCUAUUGCACUAUUGUACAUAAAUAAGGAACUGCAUUUGGCUAAGGUAACAGCACAAAACAGUAAUGCAGGUUUUGAAAAUUAAAGCUGUUGUAAGAAGUCAUUAGAAUGUUGCAUACAAUAGUUGCGUCGAAUGCACCAGUGCAUCUAAUUGCAGGUGAAAAUGGAAAUGCAUUUCUCCUUGAGUGCACCUGAAUAAUACAGAAUAAUCAACAACAUCGAAUGAAGAAUGCUGUGAAACUUUCCACUGGAGAAAAGGACUUAUACAGUUGGUCACAAGUUUCAGUUAGAUUAAGAAGUGAGUGGUUUGCUACGGUACUCUGCACCCCUCAAUUUGACUUUGAGUACUUUUCUGGAGUUAAUGACCUCAUUUUCAUAGAAGAAGAGGCGGUUUUUCUCACGAAGUUCAUUGACCUGUCACAAUACACCGAUUUCAGGAAAUUGUAUGCCAUGCUAUUGGGAGGCUUCCCCUCACUCGCCCUCUGCAAUUUUUGAUUUGUCGCAGUACAUAAGAGAAGGUGCUCUUGUUACUUCACCACUUUUUUCGUGACCGGAUCUGAAAUUAUCCGAUAUUUGGGAUUAUUCCAGAAAUUGUGGAGGAAGCAUCUAGAAGUUUACAUUUUCAAUCGCAUUCUUCAACAAUAAGUAUUAUUGUGAGGCUAUAAUCAACCACAUACAUUAUUAAAUGAAGAGAUGACGACUAUAAUAAAGGAAGCCAUUGACGUUUAUGAUCUUCUCCUCAACCAAUACAGUGACCCUCGAGUGGAAGGAUGGUUUCUCAUGGGAUCGCCCUUUCCCAUGAUCAUGCUGCUAGUGUUCUACCAGUACUUUAUUCGCAGUCUGGGUCCCUGGCUGAUGAAGGAUCGUGAGCCAUUCAAGCUCGACAAAGUCAUGAUACUCUACAACCUCAUUCAAAUAUUAGUGAACGGCUGGUUUGUCGAGGAGAGUUUCAGACACAUUUGGCUUCAUGGCAGAUACAACGUCAUCUGUGAGGAAGUGGACUAUUCAGAUGACCCCAUCGCACUUCUGGUUGCAAGAUUCACAUGGAUGUUUUUUAUGACCAAAGUUUUCGAUCUUCUAGAUACAGUAUUCAUGGUGCUAAGAAAGAGAUCCGACCAAGUUUCGUUUUUGCAUUUAUAUCACCAUACAGGAAUGGUAUUAGCUACUUGGAUUGGAACCAAAUAUGUGGCUGGCGGCCACGGAGUUCUUUUUGGAACAAUUAAUUCGUUCGUCCAUGCUGUCAUGUACAUCUACUACUUACUAACAGCCCUCAAUCCAGAGUACAAAAAAUCAAUUUGGUGGAAAAAGCAUAUCACCGAGUUACAGUUGAUCCAGUUUGUUCUGACAUCACUUCACAGCGCAAUCGCCUUAUUCAAUCCUUACUGCAAAUUUCCCAAAGUGCUUCUUGCCGCUUUCAUUCCUCAGGACGUAUUCAUGUUCUUUCUAUUUUUUGGAUUUCUAUAGGAAAGCUUACCUUAAUCCUAAGAAAAAACUUAAAGAAUAAAGAUAGUUUAUAGAAAUAUA